GCUCUUUCUACCUACAAAAGACCAGAAGAAACAGCUCAAGCACCAAGCAGCCAGCAAACACAAAUUUUCACAUUGCUUAGACUGGGAUUCAUGAUGUUACAUCAACAGCUAGUACUCGCCUUUGGAAUAUCACUAGCUAGUGAUAUAUGUGCAUUUAGAAGCUGUUAUUCAGAAGCCCAAGUCUCCCUAUAUUAUUCCUGCAACCUCACAGAUAUUCCACUUGUGCCAAAGGAUACAGUGAAGCUUUUGCUAACUUUCAACUACAUCAGACAAGUGACUGCAACUUCGUUUCCACUGCUGAAGCGCUUAUUGGUGUUGGAAAUCGGAACGCAGUAUGUCUAUCCUGUUACCAUAGGAAAAGGAGCUUUCAGGAACCUGCCAAACCUUCGUGUCUUAGACCUGGGAUUCAAUAGGAUUCUUCAACUGGAUCUUGAUGCUUUUGUGGGAUUGCCAAGUCUGACUGUACUCCGUCUGUUUCACAACUACCUUGGAGAUUCCAUCCUGGAAGAACGUUACUUUCAAGAUUUGAGCUCGUUAGAAGAAUUGGAUCUUUCAGGGAACCAAAUCACAAAACUUCAGCCUCAUCCCUUAUUUUAUAAUCUAACAGUCUUGAAAACUGUGAACCUGAAGUUCAACAAAAUAUCCAACUUGUGUGAAAGCAAUCUUACCAGCUUCCGAGGAAAACACUUUUUAUUUUUUAGCCUCAGUUCUAAUAAUUUGUACAAGACAGAUGAAAUGGCCUGGGCCAAAUGCCCAAAUCCUUUCAGAAAUAUUACAUUUAACUCACUAGACCUUGGUGAAAAUGGCUGGAGCACAGAGAAAGUCCAAUAUUUCUGUACAGCCAUUAAAGGGACUCAAAUUGGUUCUUUAAUAUUUAGGUCUCAUACAAUGGGUUCAGGAUUUGGCUUUAAUAACUUAAGAAAUCCAGAUAAUGAUAUGUUUGCAGGACUAGCAAGAAGUGGUCUUCGUUUGCUUGAUAUUUCAAAUGGUCACAUUUUCUCUCUCAAUUCUUUAACCUUUCAAAGCCUUGGUGAUCUCGAAUUGCUGAACCUUUUCAAAAACAAGAUAAAUCAAAUCCAAAGGCAAGCAUUUUUUGGCUUGGGAAACCUAAAAACUCUCAAUCUUUCAAGUAAUCUUUUAGGUGAGUUGUACGAUUAUACUUUUGAGGGUCUACAUAGUGUAAUGUAUAUUGAUUUACAGCAAAAUCAUAUUGGGAUGAUUGGUGAAAAAUCAUUCAGUAACUUAGUAAGUCUGAAAAUAAUUGAUCUCCGAGACAAUGCCAUUAAAAGACUCCCUUCCUUUCCACAUCUGACCUCUGCCUUUUUAGGUGACAAUAAGCUAACGUCUGUAGUUGGCACAGCAAUAGUAGCAACACACCUUGAAUUAGAAAGAAAUUGGUUGGCAAACCUGGGUGACCUGUAUAUUCUUUUCCAAGCACCAGAUGUGCAGUAUAUCUUCUUAAAACAGAAUCGCUUCUCUUACUGUGUGAAAAGUGAUAAUGUUAUAGAAAACAGCCAGUUAAUCUAUAUGGAUCUAGGCGAAAAUAUGUUACAGCUUGUGUGGGAGAGAGAUUUAUGUUUGGAUGUGUUCAGGGCACUGUCCAAACUUCAGGUUCUACAUCUGAAUAACAACUACCUUAGUGCUCUUCCACAGGAGAUUUUUAGAGGUCUAACAUCUCUAAAAAGACUUAAUCUAGCUUCCAACCUAUUGUCUUAUCUUUCUCCUGGGCUUUUUCCACAAAGCCUAACAAACCUAAACUUGUCUGGAAACCAGCUUUUUUCGCCCGAGCCUGAAGUCUUUAUGACUUUGAGUAUUCUGGAUGUAACACAUAAUAAGUAUGUCUGUGAUUGUACUUUAAAGAGCCUACUAGUGUGGCUAAAUGAAACCAAUGUCACCCUAGCUGGCUUACAAUCUGACAGGUACUGUGUAUACCCACCUGCAUUUGCAGGGGUACCACUGUCAUCUCUGACAUAUGAUGGCUGCAAUGAAGAUGAACUCCAGCAGACACUCAGGUUCUCAGUAUUCAUCUUCACCUCCAUCACUCUUCUAAUGUUUCUGAUGGCAGUCAUCAUUUUUACUCGCUGUCGGGGGAUUUGUUUUGUCUGGUAUAAAACGAUCACAAAAAAAAUUAUAGACAGCCAUCCACAAGUGGCAGAUAAAAGCAAAUACAGAUAUGAUGCGUAUUUGUGCUACAGCAAAAAUGACUUUGAAUGGGUCCAGAAUUCUUUGCUAAAGCACCUGGAUUCACAGUAUUUUGAUAAAAACAGAUUUUCCUUGUGCUUUGAGGAAAGAGAUUUCCUGCCUGGGGAAGAACAUAUCAACAAUAUUCGUGACGCCAUUUGGAACAGCAAGAAAACAAUCUGCAUUGUGACCAGGCAGUUUCUCAAAGAUGGGUGGUGUGUGGAAGCCUUUAAUUUUGCCCAGAGCAGGUACUUCUGUGAUCUGAAAGAUGUCCUAAUUAUGGUAGUGGUUGGGUCACUUUCUCAAUAUCAACUGAGGAAAUACAAACCAAUUCGAAACUUUUUACAAAGGAGUCGAUAUUUGCAGUGGCCUGAAGAUUAUCAAGAUGUAGACUGGUUUUUACAUAAUCUUUCUUGCCAAAUUCUGAAAGAAAAAAAAGUGCGAAGGAAAGCCAGUGGUAUAGAGCUGCAGACUGUAGCAACACUCUCGCACUGAUAGUGUAUCGGUUGCUUGUCUCUUACCUCUCUAAUCAUUUUACCACUGUUUGUUCAGGUAUGUGUCUUCAGCAGGUUGUUCAGGAUCAUUUUAAUAAAAGUCUGACUCAGUGUUCACUGUUACAGAACCUGCACCUAUUAUUUCGAUGGUGACAUAGUCCUUGAGUGUACUAUUCAUCUCGGUUUAUACAUUUAUUCAACAAAAGCUUACCAAAAUAAUUUCAGUAUGGCCUCAGUGAGUUUUUCACUGUAGUGAGGAAGCAGGAAUAGGAGGUUUUAUAAGCUGUCUGUCUUGACCUUAGCUGCAAACAAAUAAUACCAUCUUAACUAUUUUGAUAGAGAUUAAAAAGUACACAUGUGAAUGCCAUUGUUCGAAUGUAGAUGUGUCUAUGGCUAAUCUAAUUUACUCUCAGUGCACCAGUAUACAGAAUUUCUAUUGAUAAAAUUACUCCAGCAAAAUAUUACUUCCUUCUCAAUUAGUGUAGUCAUUCAGGAACAGAAAAGGGCUAAACCUUGGAAAAUUUUCCAGGCAGCAUGGGGGAGCAGAUUAAAAAAGGGAUUGACUGUGCUGAUGAAGCCCUGGGUGUCGCUGUUGGCUCAGGUAACAGCUAGGGCUGCCUCAACUCCUCCUGCCUCCCAUCCACUGCACCUGCUGGCAUUAGGGACAAAAUGCUGCUGCAGAGGGAGGUCUGAAAAAGAACCAGCAGCCCUGGCUUCCCAGAGCCCCCGUGGGCUGUCAGAAAAAUCACCACCUGCAUUUCAACUCUCUGCAUUUCUUACAUUUCUCUGAAAAUGUCUAACCUUUUUCCUUUUUUUUCCCCAACCAGUCCAAAUAUUUAUAGGCGUACUUUAAAGUCAGAGGUUAUACCAGGGAUUAUUUCACAUAAAAACCACUGACAGAUAGCCAAAGCAGGAAUGAAUCUGUACAAUGAAGAUCAUGUGCAGAUCUAGGCUGUUGGCGUAUGGAUCUGUACAUGGUGUAAAAGAUGGGAAUUUUAAAAGCAUACCUAAGAAAUUGUAUUUGAAUGAAUGUCAAAAACCAUUUUUGGUCAAGUGUUAAUUGAGACCCCUCUUCAGUUAGGACCUUAGUGUAUACUUACAAGACACUCCUAUCAUUUCAGAUACUUAAAACUUACUUCUGCUAACCUAUGUAUGCAGGAAUGACAAGUAGAUGCAAAGAUUACUGAGAUGGCUUUAACCAAGGCUUCUCCAUUUUGUUUGAAACGCUUCUGUCUAUUUCAUGCUUAUGCCACUGGUGAGAGGUCGCUACAUAAAACUUGCAUUUACUUCAGUCUUUGGAAAGGUCUGACUUUUUACAUAAAGGUUUCAAUAAAACCUUUGGAUGAAAUUUCAUUGUCUGCCUCCAUGCUUAUAUACCAUUUUGGAAACUUAAAAAGAUCAAACCUACGUCAGGAGCAGCUGGGAAAACUUCUUUCUACCACUGAGGCAGCUUAGAAACAUAGAAGUAGCCCAGCCCCCAUCUGCCCCUUGCAAAUACUAUUGCAAGGGGUCUACAAAAGGCAGUAAAAGGAUUUUUGGAGAACACGCUACUGAACCAUUCCUGAUUGUGGAGUGGUUUA